AUGGAGUGCCAGCUCCUGCCCGUGCUGCUGCUGCUGCUGCUGGGGGCCUCUGGGCGCCGAGGACAGGGUCAGGGCCCCGAGGAGCCGCCCCCCGAGGAGGACGGGGUCUUGGUGCUGACCCAGCACAGCUUGGACAGGGCCCUACAGGAGCACCAUGCCCUGCUGGUGGAGUUCUACGCCCCGUGGUGUGGGCACUGCCAGGCCCUGGCCCCGGAGUACAGUAAGGCAGCUGCCGUCCUAGCAGCCGAGUCGGCCAGGGCCACACUGGCCAAGGUGGACGCGGCCGCAGAGCCGGAGCUGGCCAGGGAGUUCGGUGUGACGGAGUACCCCACGCUCAAGUUCUUCCGUGAUGGGAACCGCACCCACCCGGAGGACUACACAGGGCCCCGGGAGGCCGAGGGCAUCGCGGAGUGGCUGCGGCGGCGGGUGGGGGCCAGUGCCACCCGGCUGCAGGACGAGCAGGGCGCCCAGGUGCUGAUCGACGCCCGGGACGUGGUGGUGGUCGGAUUCUUCAAGGACCUCCAGGACGAGGACGUGGCCACCUUCCUGGCCCUGGCCCAGGACGCCCUGGACAUCACUUUCGGCCUCACUGACCGGCCACAGCUCUUUCAGAAGUUUGGCCUCACGGAGGACACCGUUGUCCUCUUCAAGAAGUUUGAUGAGGGGCGGGCCGACUUCCCGGUGGACACAGAGCUGGGGCUGGACUUGGGGGACCUGUCCCGCUUCCUGGUCACCCACAGUAUGCACCUGGUCACAGAGUUCAACAGCCAGACGUCCCCCAAGAUCUUCGCCGCCAAGAUCCUCAACCACCUGCUGCUGUUCGUCAACCAGACGCUGGCUGCACACAGGCAGCUCCUGGAGGGCUUCCGGGAGGCAGCCCCUCCGUUCCGGGGACAGGUGCUGUUCGUGGUGGUGGACGUGGCUGUGGACAACAGCCACGUGCUGCAGUACUUCGGCCUCAAGAGCGAGGCGGCCCCCACCCUGCGCCUCAUCAACAUGGAGACCACCAAGAAGUACGCGCCGGCGGCCGGGGAGCCCAUCACGGCGGCAGCGGUCACCACUUUCUGCCGCGCUGUCCUCGGCGGCCAAGUGCAGCCCUAUCUCCUGAGCCAGGACGUCCCCCCUGACUGGGACCAGCGGCCAGUGAAGACCCUCGUGGGCAAGAACUUCGAGCAGGUGGUUUAUGACGAGGCCAAGAACGUGUUUGUCAAGUUCUAUGCCCCGUGGUGCAGCCACUGCAAGGAGAUGGCCCCGGCCUGGGAGGCGCUGGCUGAGAAGUACAGGGACCGCGAGGACAUCGUCAUCGCGGAGCUGGACGCCACGGCCAAUGAGCUGGAGGCCCUGCGCGUGGCCGGCUUCCCCACCCUCCUGUACUUCCCCGCGGGGCCGGGCCGCAAGGUGAUCGAAUACAAGAGCAGCCGGGACCUGGAGACCUUCUCCCAGUUUCUGGACAGCGGGGGCGAGCUGCCUACCCCCACCGAGGAGCCUGCAGCCCCUGUGCCGGAGCCACCGGCCAAUUCCACAGUGGAACUCAAGGAAGAGCUGUAGGCAGCCUGGCCCCCUGCCACCCCCCC